GUGAAACCUCACAAGUUUUUCAUUUAACCUUCUCUCUAUUUUUUCUUUAUUUUUAUUGGCCGGAGCUCCGGUAGUCUGCCGGUCGGAGUUUAUUUUUGUCGGCGAAGAUGGGAGUGACUAUUUUAACAGAUCUCGGAAUGGAGAUUUUGAUUCCGAUAUGUGCCGUUAUCGGCAUCGCUUUCUCGCUCUUCCAGUGGUAUCUCGUCUCCAAAGUUACGGUCGGUACUGAUAAGCCUCAUUCCUCCGGCGACGAUAAGAAUGGAUAUACUGAAUCUCUCAUUGAAGAAGAAGAAGGCAUCAAUGACCAUAACGUUGUUCAAAAAUGCGCUGAAAUUCAAAACGCUAUUUCUGAAGGAGCAACCUCAUUUCUCUUUACAAUGUACCAGUAUGUUGGUGUUUUCAUGGUUGCUUUUGCAAUUUUAAUCUUCGUUUUCCUCGGCUCUGUUGAGGGAUUCAGCACAAAGGACCAGCCUUGCACAUAUGACAGCACCAAAACUUGCAAGCCAGCUCUUGCAACUGCUGUCUUCAGCACCGUAUCGUUUCUGCUUGGUGCUGUUACCUCUGUGGUGUCCGGGUUCCUUGGAAUGAAAAUCGCCACAUAUGCAAAUGCCAGAACUACCUUGGAGGCUAGAAAAGGUGUCGGGAAGGCUUUUAUUGUUGCAUUCAGAUCUGGUGCUGUGAUGGGUUUCCUUCUUGCUGCAAACGGUCUUUUGGUUUUAUUCAUAACAAUCCUUCUAUUUAAGAUGUACUACGGUGAUGACUGGGAAGGUCUAUUUGAGGCUAUAACUGGUUAUGGUCUUGGUGGAUCUUCAAUGGCCCUCUUUGGUAGAGUUGGUGGAGGGAUUUACACCAAAGCAGCAGAUGUUGGAGCUGAUCUUGUGGGCAAGGUGGAGAGGAACAUCCCUGAAGAUGAUCCUAGAAACCCAGCGGUGAUUGCUGACAAUGUUGGAGACAAUGUCGGAGAUAUUGCUGGUAUGGGAUCAGAUCUGUUUGGAUCUUAUGCAGAGUCAUCCUGUGCGGCUCUUGUUGUUGCUUCAAUCUCCUCCUUCGGUGUCAAUCAUGAGCUUACUGCCAUGCUAUAUCCCCUUCUCAUCAGCUCUGUCGGCAUCCUUGUCUGUUUGCUUACCACCUUAUUUGCAACUGAUUUCUUUGAAGUCAAGGCUGUUAAGGAAAUUGAGCCAGCAUUGAAGAAGCAACUCAUUAUCUCAACUGCUCUCAUGACUAUUGGGAUUGCUUUUGUUAGUUGGAUUGCCCUUCCAUCGACCUUCACAAUAUUCAAUUUCGGAGUUCAGAAAGAAGUAAAGAACUGGCAAUUGUUCUUGUGUGUUGGAGUUGGUUUGUGGGCUGGACUCAUUAUUGGGUUUGUCACUGAGUACUAUACCAGCAAUGCUUACAGCCCCGUCCAAGAUGUUGCUGAUUCAUGCCGUACUGGUGCUGCCACCAAUGUCAUCUUUGGCCUUGCCUUGGGUUACAAAUCUGUCAUCAUUCCCAUUUUUGCCAUUGCAAUCAGUAUAUUUGUUAGCUUCAGCUUUGCUGCAAUGUACGGCAUUGCAGUUGCUGCCCUUGGAAUGCUGAGUACUAUUGCCACUGGUUUGGCAAUUGAUGCAUAUGGUCCCAUUAGUGAUAAUGCAGGAGGUAUUGCUGAGAUGGCUGGAAUGAGCCACAGAAUCAGAGAGAGAACUGAUGCACUUGAUGCUGCAGGAAACACCACUGCUGCUAUUGGAAAGGGAUUUGCUAUUGGUUCUGCUGCACUCGUGUCUCUUGCCCUCUUUGGUGCGUUUGUCAGCCGAGCAGCAAUUUCCACUGUAGAUGUCUUGACACCUAAAGUCUUCAUUGGUUUGCUAGUCGGUGCAAUGCUUCCUUACUGGUUCUCCGCCAUGACAAUGAAGAGUGUUGGAAGCGCUGCUCUUAAGAUGGUUGAGGAAGUGCGCAGGCAAUUCAACACCAUCCCUGGUCUCAUGGAAGGAACUGCCAAGCCUGACUAUGCCACCUGUGUCAAGAUCUCCACAGAUGCAUCAAUCAAGGAGAUGAUUCCACCUGGUGCUCUUGUCAUGCUCACUCCAUUGAUUGUUGGGAUCUUGUUUGGCGUCGAAACACUUUCUGGUGUUCUUGCAGGAUCUCUCGUCUCUGGUGUACAGAUUGCCAUUUCUGCAUCCAACACCGGUGGUGCCUGGGACAACGCUAAGAAGUACAUCGAGGCUGGAGCCUCAGAACAUGCAAGGACUCUUGGCCCCAAGGGAUCUGAUGCACACAAAGCUGCUGUAAUUGGUGACACUGUUGGUGACCCUCUCAAGGACACAUCUGGACCAUCAUUGAACAUUCUUAUCAAGCUGAUGGCUGUGGAGUCCCUUGUGUUUGCUCCCUUCUUUGCCACCCACGGUGGUCUUCUCUUCAAGUUGUUUUAAAAAGCAAAUGCAACCAACUCCUAUGUCACAUGACUGUAUCAUGAAUCUAUUGUUCCUCUUUUCUCUUCCCCCAUAUUUCACAUUCAAACUUCCUUUCAAGCAUUUUUCGUGUUUUUAGUAGCUAGAAUGUGGGGAUUAGCAUAUGGUGUUAGGCUUUGGAGGGAGAUUAUUCACGAGAAUGCGCGUUGUGAUGAUGGUAAGGGUGAAGUGAUUUUGCAGAGUUCAGAAACAUCAAAUGUUCUUUCCUAGAGUAAUUGUAUCAGUUUUUUUUCUCUCUUAAUACCUUCUUGUCUUUGCCAUUUUUGGGUGUUCAAUUUUUGAAGACUUACUAAGCUUUAUGUGCAUUUGCCUUUUCUUUCUC